AUGGCGAACCCACGGCAGCGUCGUAAGGCGCGUUCGGGCAAAUACUCGGGCGCGACCAAGAGUGCGAAGCGUGCACAGAACAAGCGCUUGAAGCGUGCGCCCACGGUAAUGGGUCCGGAUAUUCUGCGUGAAAAUUGGGACCCAACGUUGACAGUGCGCCAGAACUAUGCCAAGCUGGGUCUAGUUCCGUCUCUAGCACAGCAAUCAGGUGGUCUUGAUCGAAAUGAUCCUUAUAACAAGGCGGCUAUGUCCUCGCAAGCGCCAGCGGAGAGUGAGAACAGCCGUCCCCGCAAAGGCAUGGCACGUGUCAUUCGUGAUGAAAAGGGCCGUGUCGUAGACAUUGUCGAGUAUGAAGAAGAGGCAGAGGAGGCCGACACAAAGACGCCAUGGGGCGACACGCUGAACCAGGAUGAAGACGAGCCUGCGAACCUCACGAUGCUGCCUCCGCGUCUGCAUGAAGGCAAGGAAGGUGCUACGGUGCAAGCUUUGGAAAAGUUGUCCAGCGAAGACAAGCCUGUGCCGCGCUUUACGUCGGUGGCAGAGCACCAGUGGCUUGUGGAGCUGAUUUGUGCGCAUGGUACGGACGUACAAGCGAUGGCGCGUGAUCGGAAGCGCAACGUAUGGCAAAAGACUGCUGGCGAAAUUAAGCGCGCCAUUCGCAAGGCGGGUCUCAUUGAUCUGUAG